AUGUUUUCGCUCUCCUCCUCCUCGAUUUCGAUGAUUUCAACACCUUCCAAACCUUCCUCCUCUCGUGGUGGUCGGGGAAAAGCAUUCUUUUGCUCUUCUGAUGAUGGUGGUGGUAGUAAUGGUGAUGACGAUGCGCUUUUGCGCGACAAAACGUUGCUCUCGAAAAGAGAUUUGAUGAAACGAGUCGCCGGAGGAGCGUCCGUGAUGUUGUCGUCGUCGUCUGGUUUGAUUUUACCCGGGCUGGUGCCAAGCAGCGCGUUUGCCGCUGCCGGAGAAGAAGCUUCUUCUGCUUCUGUUGCUCUCCCUAAAAUACCGAGAACUGAGGUUCCGUUGAAGUUUACCCAAGAGUACCCUUCCGCGGUGAUUAAAGGAUGCUGGCAGUUAUCGGGUGGACACAAAGGCGACCCGGCGGAUGACAGAACGUCGAAAGAUAAAGGCGCGGUGGAAGAUUUUGAGACGUUUGUAAAUGCGGGGAUUACGACGUUCGACACCGGGCCGACGGCGUGCGGAUACGGCGACAGCGAAUUAGUGAUUGGAGAUUUUUUAAAGCGCAAUCGAAACAGUGAACAGUGUCGAGUGCACACGAAGCUGUGUUGCGUUGGGAGAGAACAAGUUGCGAUGACUGAAAAAUGGGUGAAAGAGAACGCGUUUGAUGUUCCGAGCAAACGCUUAGGCGGGUUGAAGAAGAUCGAUAUGGUACAAAUGUAUUGGAACGAUUACGGGAGUUCGCAAUAUAUUGAUUGCGCGUUGCAUUUGACUGAUUUAAAAGCGAAAGGUUUGAUUGGCUCCGUCGCGUUGACGAAUUUCAACACGAAAAAAAUGGAAGAGAUGAUUAACAAAGGCGCGGAGAUUUCUUCGAACCAAAUUCAGUAUUCGUUGUUAGAUCGACGACCGGAUUUGAAGAUGAACGAGUUUUGCAAGGCGAGCGGAGUGAAAUUGUUACCGUACGGCGUUUUAGCCGGCGGUUUUUUAUCGAGCAAGUUCUUAGAGACUGACGUAAAAGACGUCGUUUUAGAUACCGGCUCGAAGAGGAAGUAUUCGUCGGUGAUAAGAAACUUCGGCGGUUGGGGUAAUUUGCAAAAAUUGUUGAAAGUUCUCGACUCGAUUGGGAAAAAACACGACCAGAGCAUCGCAAAUGUCGCCACUCGAUGGGUUUUGGAGAAAGAAAGCGUUUUGGCGGUUAUUUUAGGCGCGCGAAACGAUUUUCACGUCGAAGAUCAUCAAAAGUUAUUCCAAUUUACGCUCGACGCGGAAGAUAAAAGUAAAAUCGACGAAGUUUUGUCCUCCACGACCAAAGCAACCGGCGACUGCUACGAUUGGGAACGAGGAGGAAAGUGGUAA